AUGGCGGGUACUCUGAGGCUCUUGCUCGGGCACCUGUCUGCUGCCGUGGCUCGCUGUGGGUUCGCCACCCACGGGGUGGCAGGCCCAGGAUCCACCGGGGAGCUGGACCCUGUUUCUGACUGGGUACCGGUGGAGCGGGAGCUGCAGGAGGUGGAGAGCGCCCUGAAACGACAGAAAAAAGCUAUUCGUUUCCAGAAAAUUCGGAGGCAAAUGGAGCCGCCAGGUGCCCCAUCCAGGACUCUGACGGGGGAAGCCAUGGAGCAGUUCUGGUAUUUACAUAAAGAAUUUUUAGAGUCCUGGUCAGUUCCCAGAUUGGCUGAAGGCUUUGAUGUUAGCACUGAUGUGAUCAGAAGGGUUUUAAAAAGCAAGUUGGUACCCACAUUGGAGCAGAAACUGAAGCAGGAUCAAAAAGUCCUUAAGAAAGCUGGGCUUGCCUACUCGCUCCGCCAGCUUCCAGGCUCUGGGGAUACCUGUAGGCUGCUCUCUGCAGGCCACGCUGUGUCAGGAGGUGAAGCCUCACCCCAAGGCCAGGGUCACAGCACGGCUUUGAAAGUGAUAGAACCGAAUACUCACAGUACAUACACACUGGGGAGACAGAAAGGAAGAAAUAAAGGAAUCCAGAGCCUGGAGAAGGAGAGCGUUGGGCCUGUCGCUGCAGCUGGAAGUCAUCAGAGAGAGCUGCAGAAGUACUCCACCAGUGACUCUGAGGGCACCAGAAGAACCAACAGUGAAGGACUGCCAAGUGCAAAGAAGCUGAGAGAGAAGGCAGAACUGGGUGACCAGAACUUCAGCAGCAAAGUAGUGCAGAGGGGGCGUGAGUUCUUUGAUGACAAUGGGAACGGAACGUCCUGUACAGAAUUUGAACUGGAACCUGGCUUGUGGAAAUGUCACAUGAAACAGCUGGGCAAGUCAAGUUAUGUGAGCUGCCUGGAUUUCUGUGUAUGGAUUAUCCACCUUGGAAUAAGAGGAAGUGAUGAGCCUGGAAAUGGAGGGAAGAGCUGCUUGGAUUUCAAUCGGACAAGAGACAGUGAACUUCACAGGGCAGAUGUGUAUGGGGGCAGCAUGAAUGACUGGCUAGGUAUAGUCUGGUUUCCUGGAGCAUGGCUCCUGUUCUAA